GAGGAGCAGGUCUGUGGAAGGAAAUAAAUGAACCAGGUCCGUGUAAGAAGCAGGCUGUGUCCGUGCAAGUGCAAAAUGAUGGACUUCAGGUGUGACCUUCCAAGGCUGGUGCAGGGGUUCGCCCAUGAGCAGGCUCAGCUGGAGCUCGUCCUGCCCCGUGAGUGAGUCAGCAUGCAAUUAGGUAAGUUGGCAAGCUUUUGGCUUCCUUGGCUAGAGCCUCCAGCCUCCAGGAGUUAACCUGCAGCACUGCUCAGAGGAGCAGGGGCCGAGCGAGGAUCCAAAAGUGUCGGGCGCCCUGGCUUGCCGGAGGAACGACAGGCGGUUUUCUGAGCAGCUGCGGCAGCAGGCCUGGGCAUCAGAAAGUGCUGAGAAGUCUUAGCUGAGCAACGUGCAACGGGGAAGAAACAAGAAUUUGGACCACCAUUUGCUUUCCUGAAUGCAAAUCUUUUGAGUGGUUGAAUAAGGAAAAAUGGCCAAACGUACCUUCUCCACGUUAGAGACGUUCCUGAUUUUCCUCCUCAUAAUGAUGACUGCUAUCACGGUGGCCCUUCUCAGCCUCUUGUUUAUCACCAGUGGGACCAUCGAAAAUCCCAAAGGUUUUCCAUCCACCGAGAGCCCUCAGGCCACCCAGAGCCCCACAGCCGCCCAGGGCUCCACAGCCCCUCAGUUCUCCACACUCACACAAGGUCCCACAACCACCCAGGUGGACCCAGUGACUACCACCCCAGAGCCUCCUCUAUUUCAGAACUUCAGUGGCUACCACAUAGGUGUUGGGCGAGCUGACUGCACAGGACAAGUAGCAGAUAUCAAUAUGAUGGGCUACGGCAAAGGUGGCCAGAAUGCACGGGGCCUCCUCACCAGGUUGUACAGUCGUGCUUUCAUCAUGGCAGAGCCAGAUGGGUCCAAUCGAAUGGCAUUUGUGAGCAUCGACAUAGGCAUGGUAUCCCAACGGUUGAGGCUGGAGGUCUUGAACAGACUUAAGAGUAAAUAUGGCUCCCUGUACAGAAGAGACAAUGUGAUCCUGAGUGGCACUCACACGCACUCGGGGCCAGCGGGAUAUUUCCAGUACACCGUGUUUGUCAUUGCCAGCGAAGGAUUCAGCAAUCGAACUUUUAAUUACAUGGUCACUGGCAUCAUGAAGAGCAUUGAGAUAGCACACAAAAAUAUGAAACCAGGGAAGAUCUUUAUGAAUAAAGGAAAUGUGGAUGGCACGCAGAUCAACCGAAGCCCCUAUUCUUACCUUCAAAAUCCACUGGCAGAGAGAUUGAGGUAUUCUUCGGAUACAGACAAGGAAAUGCUGGUCUUGAAAAUGGUAGAUUUGAAUGGAGACGACUUGGGCCUUAUCAGCUGGUUUGCCAUCCACCCUGUCAGCAUGAACAACAGCAACCAUCUUGUAAAUAGUGACAAUAUGGGCUAUGCGUCUUACCUGUUUGAGCGAGAGAAGAACAAAGGACAUUUACCUGGACAGGGGCCGUUUGUAGCAGCCUUUGCUUCAUCGAACCUAGGAGAUGUGUCCCCCAAUAUUCUCGGCCCACGUUGUGCCAACACCGGAGAGUCCUGUGAUAACGCCAACAGCACUUGUCCCAUUGGCGGGGCUACCAUGUGCAUGGCUAGGGGACCUGGACAGGAUAUGCUCGACAGCACACAAAUUAUAGGACGGAUCCUCUACCAGAGAGCUUCGGCGCUGUAUGCCUUGGCUUCCCAGGAGUUAACUGGACCCCUGACUUCGGCUCAUCAGUGGGUGAAUAUGACAGAUGUCACUGUCCCACUCAAUUCCACACACACGGCAAAGACAUGUAAGCCAGCGCUGGGCUACAGUUUCGCAGCUGGCACAAUCGAUGGACCUGGGACCUUCAACUUCACGCAGGGGACAACAGUAUCAGAUCCAUUUUGGGACACUCUUCGGGAUCAGCUCUUUGGCAGGCCCUCUGAUGAAAUCAAAGAGUGUCAGAAACCAAAGCCCGUCCUUAUUCACACUGGAGAGCUGUCCAAACCUCAUCCCUGGCACCCGGAUAUUGUUGACGUUCAGAUCAUUGCUCUUGGGUCCUUGGCCAUAACUGCUAUCCCUGGGGAGCUUACGACCAUGUCUGGACGAAGACUUCGGGAGGCAAUUAAAGCAGAGUUUGCAACUUAUGGGAUGCAGAAUAUGACAGUUGUUAUUUCGGGUCUGUGCAAUGUAUAUACACAUUACAUUGCCACCUAUGAAGAAUACCAGGUUCAGCGGUAUGAGGCAGCGUCGACAAUUUAUGGACCACACACCCUGUCUGCUUACAUCCAGCUCUACAGAGGCCUGGCCAAGGCCAUUGCUACGGACACAGUGGCCAAUCUGAGCAGAGGUCCAGAGCCUCCGUUUUUCAAAGACCUGAUAAAACCAUUAAUUCCUAAUAUUGUGGAUAGAGCACCAAUAGGCAAGAAUUUUGGGGAUGUUCUGCAGCCGUUGAAUUCUAAAUACAGAGUGGGAGAAGUUGCUGAAGUUACAUUUGUAGGUGCUAACCCAAAGAAUUCAGCAGAAAAUCGGACCCAUCAGACUUUCCUCACUGUGGAGAAAUAUGAGGAUGCUUCAGCGACAUGGCAGGUGGUACAUAAUGAUGCCUCCUGGGAGACUCGUUUCUAUUGGCACAAGGGAUUACUGGGUCAUAGCAAUGCAACGAUACAAUGGCAUAUUCCAGAUACGGCCAAACCUGGGAUCUACAGAAUAAGAUACUUUGGACACAAUCGGAAGCAGGACUUUCUCAAGCCCGCUGUCAUACUUUCAUUUGAAAGUACUUCCCCUGAUUUUGAAGUUGUAACUACUUAGUGAAAAGUUGGCACAGCAGUUAAAGUUUUGCUCUGUAUAAAUUAUGUCACUGAUUUUA